AUGUAUGUUCAUAAAAGAUAUCUGUUCUUGAAAGAUGUGGAUGUGGCAGGAGAUGAAGAAACUUGUGAUGAAAUGAUAAAACAUGUCUCACCUGAGCAACUGGGAGAGCAGCUGUUGACCCUUUCCUCAUUACCAGAAUCAAGGUGGAAGAAUCUCCUCAGCCUUGACGUUAUCAAGAAAAAGAAUAAACCAAAAGAGCCACCAAAAGUUCCCAAGUCAGCUCCUUUCUUCAUCCCAACAAUUCCUGGUCUUAUACCCCAAUACAUUGCUCCAGAGGAAGAAAAGGAUACACAGUCAAAGCUAGUAAACCUUGGAGUACUGGCACGGAAAUCUGAUUUCUGCAUUCAUCUUGAAGACGCCCUGAGCACUAAUGAAUAUACAGCUCCUCUUAGCUUACUGAAGAGCUUGGGACCAUCUAAUAUUGAGAGAGAACUAAGGGGUUUGGCCCCUGAAGGUGGUGGUUCAAUGGAGGUGAUGCUGAGCUUUUUGAGAAUGAUUGAGAUGAUGCUGAAUAAGAAGUACAACUUUGAACUUUCUCAGGCAUACCUUGCACUGUUUUUAAAGUCUCCCAUUGCUAUUUGUCCUGUUCGGUCUCUGCCUCCACGCCCUCCUCCCCAAAUACAUAGCAAACGCCGAGAGACAUAUCCUGAACUCCUGUACUGCACCUUGUCCACCGAUUCCGUACCUGGAACCGGCAAAGCGGUGCAGCGUAACGGGGGUAGCCCCACGUCGCUAUGGGCUACGCAUCCUCCCGGCCAGCCCGGGCGGCCGAACCCCGGCAAGCACCGCAGCGGUGCCCCGAG